AUGUCCGAUAUAAUACGAGCUCUGGAUAUGAACAACAAAAAGUCGCUUGAUUAUAUUUUCAAAGUCCACGAAACUAAUUAUUUUCACGAUGAGGCCUAUGAUCGAAUUAAUAUGGAUAAACUUCGUGGUCAGAAUGAAGAAAUCAUAGAAUUUCGAAAACAUGUCAAUAAACUCGACAAUCAACAAAUCCACGAUAAUAUCAAGAUGCUUCUCUCUCACCCACAGAAAUUCGUUGUGCCUUUUGAUAAGGAUUCCGAUGAGAAGAACAAUGUCCAUGGCGAAAAAGGAGUUAUUACAUUGUCACCACCUGACAUUAUUUCAAUUAAUAACAUUGCUUCAAUGUCUUCAACAUUAAAAUCUUUCGAAAGAGAUUUGAUACGAAUACAACGAGUCAGUCGCGUCCAAAUUUUGAGUCUCCAGGGUUUAUUGUCGCGAAUUACUUUGCAGCUGUCACAAAAUCACAAGGUUGAAAAGAAAAUGGAUAAAGGCAACGGUCUAAGUAGUCUACCGCCCAAAGAGGUUCCGACGGAAGUGUUUGGUGUUAAAUUGAAUUUUCAGCAAAAUCUUGAUGAAAAGAAAAUCCAAUUCUUCAGUUUUGAUAAUUCCCUCAAUAUUCCAAGUAAUCACCAAACAUUUCGACCUAAAAAAGUCACCAUACUGAAUGAUACCGAUACUCAAGAUGACAGUAAAAAUUGCAUCUCUAAUAUUCAAGACGAUGGCAAUAACAACACCAUCUCCCGACCUAAAAUAAUUCGUGUUAUUCAGGACGAAAAUAACAGUGUUUUCACUUUCCAAUCUCAAAAUCCCUCUAAAACUCAAAAUAACGCAAGGCCAAUCAGCAGUGUUCAAGAAAGUAAUUGCCAACAAAAAGAAAAUCUUAGUUUCCAAGACGGUAAUCACGGUGUUACCUUUAGACUCAAAGAAAUCUCGAGUAUUCAAAGCGACAAAUAUCAUGAUUCUAUCUUUCGAUCUAAAAGAGAUUCUAUUAUUCAGGAUGGUAGUAAUAGUUUACCUUUUCAGAGUAAAGCAACGAACAGUGUCAAAAAUGACAGUAAUAAUGAUCAUACAAUCCGGUGUGAAAAAGUGUCUAAUAAUCAUGGGCAUACCUUCCAGUCCAAGGAAUUUUCUAAUGUUGGAUAUAAUAAUUCUUCUUCUUUUCGGACCAAUAAAAUGUCGAGUAUUCAGGAUGAUAACGAUCGUAAGUCUACCUUCCGAUCCAAGAAAGUCCCUAGUGUUCAAGGUGACAAUGAUUCCACCAUCCUAUCCAAAAAAUACUCCAAUAUCCGAGGCAACAAUAAUCAUGUUCCUGCCGUCCAUUUUAAGAAAGUCUCUAACGUUCGAGUGAAUCAUAACAACUCUACGUUUCAUAAUUCUGGAAUCGAAAAGCCUAACGAAAUAAGGAUAAUGGAAGAUAAAAAAGAUCUUCUGCUAGAGAACAUGCCAUCUGAUCUUUCAUCAACAAUGUUUACAGAGGAUUACAGUCUUCGACAAUACUAUAAGAAUAAAUGCAAAGAUCUGUCGAAAAGCUAUUCAAAUCUUGUUGAGGAGAUUACAAGGAAAUGGAGAACCGAGUUUGAUAUGAUACUUUGGCCAAAGUUGGAAGCGGGAAGGAAAAAGGCGGAAGAAGAUUGCCAAAAGUCAAUUUCGAUUUAUGAUGAGGUCCAUCACAUGAAAUGGAGGGCUGCUUUUAGAAGGAAAGGUGUAUAUGAGUUAAUAAAUUUUAAUGAAUGUCUGCUUCUUCCCUUAUUCGACACAAUUACUGACCGUUGGUUUGAAAGUUUUGUUUUAUUUCAAAUGGAGCUUAUCAAAUAUUUUAAUGCACAGUAUAAAAUCCUCUUGGAUACAUUCCAUGAUCAGAUAAAGAAUAAAUUUGAAAACUCAUUUCCUGAAAAACAUCAAUUCUUCAAAAACAUUCAAAGUGCAGCGGAUGUAUACUUCAAGAAGGAAUCGAAUAGAGAAAUACUUGAUAAAAUUUUAUAUAAGGGCAAUUCAUUUCGUUUCAAAAUGGAAUCUGGUAUCCAGAAAGCAAUGGAUCCAGCAUAUACAGAAAUGGAUUCACAUAUGAAGUGGUGUGAAUUAAAAUCGCUAUUCUCAAGAUACAUAUACAAGAACAGGAAGAAAAUUUUCGAUUCGGCAAUGAACGAGGCAAAGAAUGUUGAACAAGAAUUUUUCAAGGACUUCAUUAAACCCGUUAUUAGAAGAGGAGUUCGAUUGUUGGUGGUGGUUCUGGGUGAACAUGACUUCAUUCGUGAAGUAGAUGAAGUCAAGGUCGCCGCCUAUGUGAAGACGGACAAAACCAAAUUCGCUUAA